CAGUCAGUUGACUAACAGCAAGCUACACUAGCCAGUAGUUAAAGGAGGAGAGUAAAUCGGGGAUUUGUCUGAGAGGGAGAGGGGAGCAAAGAUUCAUAUCUGAAUCAUGGCUACUGAAACAUCAUCUUGCACAGGCUCCACUCUUCUGAGGCCGAUCAGUGAAUUCAUUAAUCUCCCUCUUGAUCAGGUAAACUUUGUAGUCUGCCAGCUCUUUGCCCUGCUGAUGGCCUUUUGGUUCCGGCUCUACCUGCACCCCAGUAAGACCAGCCCGUUUGUCCGCCAUGUGGUGGCCACCCUCCUGGGCUUCUACCUUGCCCUCUUCUGCUUUGGCUGGUAUGCCUUACACUUCCUGGUCCAGAGUGGCGUCACAUAUGGAAUCAUGAUCUUCGCUGGUCUGGAGCACAUGCACAAGUACUGUUUUGUGGUUGCCCUGGGAUACCUCACCUUCUGCCAAAUCACCCGUGUCUACGUCUUCGACUAUGGCAUGUACUCCGCAGAUUUUACUGGGCCCAUGAUGGUCAUCACACAGAAGAUAACCAGCCUAGCGUUUGAGAUCCAUGACGGCUUGGCGUGUAAGGAGGAGCAACUGACUCCCAGUCAGAAGAUUCUUGCUGUAAGGAAAAUGCCAAGCUUACUGGAGUACUUGAGUUACAACUGUAACUUCAUGAGCAUCCUGGCAGGCCCCACCUGCUCCUACAAUGACUAUGUGGCGUUCGUGGAGGGCACGGCCUACCAGCCCAAACACCUGGAGUCCAAUGGCAAGGAGAAUGGGAAGUACAAGCAGACUGAGCCAUCGCCCAAGAACGAUGUCAUCAGAAAGCUAGGCACGUGUGGCGUCUCGCUAGGGGUCUACCUGGCAGUGCUCAGGGUGUGCCCGGUGGAGCAUGUCAUCGAUGACUCGUUCAUUGCCACCUCGCCCUUCUACGUCCAGGUCAUCUACCUCUACCUGUCCAUGCUGGCCACACGGCCAAAGUACUACUUUGUCUGGACACUGGCUGACGCCAUCAACAAUGCUGCCGGAUUUGGCUUCAAUGGCUACAACAAAGACGGCACGCCAAGAUGGGACUUAAUAUCAAACCUGAGAAUAAUGGACAUAGAGUUCGCCACCAGUUUUAAGAUGUUCUUGGACAACUGGAACAUUCAGACAGCCCUCUGGCUUAAGAGGGUGUGCUACGAACGCUGUCCCAUGAACCCCACGGCGGCCACGUUCCUGCUGUCCGCUGUGUGGCACGGCGUCUACCCCGGCUACUACCUCACCUUCCUCACUGGCAUCGCCAUGACCAUGGCAGCACGGGCAGUGAGGCACAACGUGAGGCCGCUCUUCCAGAGCACGGCCACUAACAGGCUCGUCUACGACAUCAUCACGUGGGCGGGCACGCAGAUCGCCAUCUGCUACACCGUGGUGCCCUUCGUGCUGCUAGCGGUGGGGCCCUCGCUCAAGUUCUACAGGUCGUGGUACUGCUGCAUGCACCUGACGUGUCUGCUGGUGGUGCUGGCUCUGCCGGUGAAGCCCAGGCACCAGCGGCAGAAAGAGCAGCAGAACAGCCUGCACCAGGACGGCGCCAUGAGCAACAGCUGCAACAGCUGCAACAGCCUCCCAAACACGGACAGCAACUGCAACCAGAAGCAGAAAACCACAUGAGUGGGGAGAGGCUAUCUCCAUUCCCCUGCUCCUUCUCAAACACACACACACACACACACUGAUACACAUGCACGCACUCGCAUGCACACACACACAUACAUAUGCACUCACACACAUAUGCACAUGCAGGCACACUCAAGCAUACAGCAACACAGGUUUGGGGAGAACCUCUUAUGAACACUACCGAGAGUGUUGAGAGUGCUCGCCCUCAACCUGAAUGGACCAGACGAGCAAAACCAACCUACCGACCGACCAAGCAAGCAAGACUCCACCAGAUGAAUACACAUGUCAGAAACCAGUCAGCAGAACAGCUGACCCUCAAGUAGCAGCGAGCGGCCACUGCGAUCAUGCUUUAGGCUCCUAAACGACUAAUCUGUGCAACCGACCAGAGCGAGAAGCUUGCGGUGGCGGCAAUGUCAAACGAGAGCACGCCAAUCUGGU